AUGGCUGAGGAUUCUGAGUUGUGGAACAUCAUCUGUGAUGGUCCUUUUGUUCCUAUGAAGAAAGAUGAUGCUGGCAUUGCAAUGGUCCCUAAGAUGAGGAAGGAGUACAAUGAGACCGACAGGAAAGCUGUUGAAAAGAAUUACAGAGACAUGAAAAUACUUGUCUGCUUUAUUGGAGCUAAUGAGUACAAUCAGUAUGAACUCUUUAAGAUGAAGAAUAGUGAAUCUGUUGAUGAGAUACAUACCAGAUUCACCUCCAUAAUCAAUGAACUCCAUUCGCUUGGUGAAAUCAUUCCUAUCAACAAACUGGUUCGUAAGCUACUUAGUGUUUUGCCUAGUUCAUGGGAAAUCAAAGUCAAUGAUAUUUCUGAAGCCAAGGACUUAAAAUAA